AGUUUUCAAGAUGUCGCUGGAGCAGAGACUCUCCCGAAUCGAGGAGAAACUCAAGCAGGAAAAUAAAGAAGCCCGCAAACGAAUCGACCUGAACAUCGACAUGAGCCCGCAGCGGACGCGUCCGAGGCCAAUCAUUGUGAUCCAGCUCAGUCCAGCUCCAGCCCCCUCCCAGCGCGCAGCCCUACAGUUACCAUUGGCCAACGAUGGAGGAAGUCGCUCGUCCUCCUCAGAAAGCUCUCCUCAACACCCCUCGUACCCUAGCAGACCCCGACAAAUGCUUACGCUUCCCACCCCAACCUACAGCCUACAGAAGUGCAUGGAGAAUGCUGAAAUUGACCAGAAGCUGCAGGAAAUCAUGAAACAAACUGGAUAUCUGAAGAUUGACGGACAGCGUUACCCUGCAGAGGUGACGGAUCUGAUCAGUGAGGGGGAGAUCGGCAGUGGAACCUGUGGACAGGUGUUUAAAGUUCGCUUUAAGAAGACUGGCCAUGUCAUCGCAGUUAAGCAAAUGAGGAGGACAGGUAAUAAAGAUGAGAAUAAGAGAAUCCUCAUGGAUCUAGAUGUUGUGUUGAAGAGUCAUGACUGUCCGUACAUCAUUCAGUGCUAUGGAGCAAUCGUCACCAAUACGGAUGUGUUCAUUGCCAUGGAACUAAUGGGGACGUGUGCAGAGAAGCUGAAGAAGCGGAUCCAGGGGCCCAUACCAGAGGCCAUUCUGGGAAAGAUGACCGUGGCCAUUGUAAAGGCUCUGCUUUAUCUAAAAGAGAAACAUGGUGUCAUUCACCGAGAUGUGAAGCCAUCUAAUAUCCUGUUGGAUGCCAAAGGGCAGAUCAAACUCUGUGAUUUUGGCAUUAGUGGCCGACUGGUAGAUUCUAAGGCCAAAACUCGCAGCGCCGGCUGUGCUGCAUACAUGGCGCCUGAGAGAAUAGACCCUCCAGACCCCAGUAAGCCAGACUAUGACAUCAGAGCUGACGUCUGGAGUCUUGGCAUUUCUCUGGUGGAGCUAGCCACGGGACAGUUUCCUUACAAGAACUGCAAGACAGACUUUGAGGUUCUCACCAAAGUUCUGCAAGAGGACCCACCGGUCCUUCCUCUCAGCAUGGGCUUUUCCCCUGACUUUCAGUCCUUCGUCAAAGACUGCCUCACAAAGGAUCACAGAAAAAGGCCAAAAUACCACAAGCUGCUUGAACACAGUUUUAUCCGUCGUUAUGAAGUGUCAGAAGUAGACGUGGCGGGCUGGUUCCAGACGGUGAUGGAGCGCACAGAGUCUCCUCGCAGCAGCCAGUGCUUCAGCCAUCACCAGCUCCACUCUCUUUUCAGCAGGUAGCCAGGCGGAGAUCGAGAGAAACGGAGGGAUGUCGGGAGAGAAAGAAUAAUGCGAUUUUGAGAGGUUGAUUUAGAGACACAGAUGGACAGGUUUGAAAUAUAAAUUAUGUAAACGAAAAAGACAGGAUGGAGUGGAAAUGGACCGUUUGAGAGAGAGAAAUGGCUGAAACAAAAGAGAGAAUGUUCAUUUGGGAGUUUGACUGAUCGACAGACAAUCCUGGGCAGGUUUGAUGUAAAUCUGAAAUAUUUUUCUCCUUCUCAUCCACCCAUCGAACAGGAUGGACCAUUGCAGUUUAACACAGUCACUGUGGCACACACAUACAUUUACAGUAACACACAGCUUCACUAAAUCACGAUCACUGACUGCCAUAUAAAGGUUAGCCACAAGAGUAAGCAUACAAUCCGUUCACUUCAAAAUCCAAAUCCACAUGUCAAGAAAUCCUCCGUAGCCCCUUACUCAGGGACUGAACAGAGUAGUCAAACAACACUGUGCAAUGGUGUGUGUGUGUGUGUGUGUGUUAUCCGUUUAUCAGUCCUAGCUCUUCACUUUCCUGUAUGGUUUAAGUACACUUAGCCAUUAGGCAAAUCUAAGCAAAUAGAAAUUAGUGAGAUAAUAGUGGUGUGAUAUAUCAAAAACUGUUUUAUAGAAGUGUUCUUUUGCUGGCAAGCAUCAGCAAAUAUUUCAGUAACGUGUACUUAAAGAGUUAGUGAUUCUUAGUCGUAGAAUUUC